GCCGUCCUCGCCGCCAGCCGAUAGUUGGUUGUAGACGGGGGAAUGGAGCUGGAGACGGAGGCGUUGUUGCAGGAGGCUCGCGAGAGCAUCGAGGCAGCGCGUACCUAUCGCCGGGAGCUGCAACAGCGCCUGAAGGGGCUGCACCUGGCCCGCCAGCAGAUCAAAGACAGUGCUGCACUGACAAGGGAUGUCCUUGAGCAGCAUUUUAGUGAUUUAAAAGGGACCUUGAGGAAGCUGCUAGAUGAGCGGCUGGUGACCUUGCUGCAGGAAGUGGAUGCCAUAGAACAGGAAAGCAUCAAACCGUUGGAUGAGUGCCAGAAGCUGAUAGAGCAUGGAGUCGGUACGGCUGAUGAACUUGUCCGGGAAGGAGAAAGUGCCAUCCGUGGAGUUACGCGGGAGGAUGGUGACAAGCUUUGCAGCUUCACCAAAAAGGCUUUGCACAUUCAGCUGGAUAGUUUGCCAGAAGUGCCGUCGUUGGUUGAUGUACCGUCGUUAUCUGCCCAGUUGGACGAUUCUCUCCUUACAAUAGUGAAAAGUCAGAUCUUCAACCAUGGAACUGUGGCAUCUCAACCGCCGGUACAGAUAGAAGAAUUGAUAGAGAAGCCUGGGGGCAUCCUAGUGCAAUGGUGUAAGGUUGACGAGGACUUCAUACCACAAGACUAUAGGCUUCAGUAUCGCAAGAGUACUGCCAGUCACUUUGAAGAUGUGUACGUCGGCUCAGACACAGAAUUCAUAGUACUGCAUAUUGAUCCCAACAUUGAUUACCAGUUCAGGGUGUGUGCACGAGGAGAUGGCCGCCAGGAAUGGAGUCCAUGGAGCGUUUCUCAAAUCGGUCGUUCCACUUUAGUGCCUCAUGAAUGGACACCUGGCUUUGAGGGUUACAGCCUAAGCAGCCGAAGGAACAUAGCACUUCGAAAUGAUUCGCAAACAGCUGGAGUGCUGUACUCCAAGGCUCCGACCUACUAUUGUGGCCAGACAUUGACAUUCCGGAUUGAAACCGUUGGCCAGCCAGACAAAAAAGACAGUAUAGGAGUUUGUGUGGAGCGGCAGAACAGCUGUGGUUCUUUGCAGCGUGAUAAAGCAGUGUGCGUUAGCACAAAUGGGGCUGUCUUUGUCAAUGGGAAAGAGAUGACAAACCAACUGCCUGCCAUUACCUCAGGAUCAGCCGUGACGUUUGACAUGGAAGCUGUGAAUUUAGGUCCUUCCAACAAUAACGAAGGCGGGAGCUUCAAACUCAGAGUGACAAUUAGUUCCAACAACAGGGAAGUGGUCUUUGACUGGGUACUUGAUUAUUACUCUGAGUCUCUAUAUUUUGGGUGCUCGUUCUCCCAUCCGGGAUGGAAAGUGCUGGUAUUCUAACUUUUAGCCUCUGAAGCAGCAGUGGUUUUAAAUUGUUGCGCUUGGUGAUGCAAUGAUUUGCUAGUGCCGACUCUUGAAACUCAGUGUGUGUUUAGUAUACUGAUGUGAGAGUCUGCGCAGGAGUGAGCCCCUUAAUGAGUAUUACUUGAACACUGUCCUCUUUACUGGAUUCACUUAAGAUAUUGGAGAAACGUUUAGAGUAGUCUGAUAAAUAAGUAAGCUUUCAUGGUUGCUAUCACGGUAUUUGUUUAGAGUAUUAUUAUUUUUUAAGAGGGAGGAAAAAUCCAGAGUUGAGCCUAUUACUUGCUCUUUCCUGUGUGUGGUUAUGCUUACUGAACGGCUCUAAUUUUACCUAAUGCUGUCUUUUUGGCUCAGGGUUAAUGGACCAAAGUUAUACUCAUGUUAUCGUAUUCAUCAGAGUAAGGUACUGAAAUGGAAACUUUAGUUAGGCAUACUCUUGCCAAAGCUUCAUUUCUUUUGUCUAUUUGGUGGGGGUGCUUCCUGACCUGUAAAAUGUCUUUUUUCCUUUGGUGGUAUCGCCAUUUACUGCAGCGAAGUAGAGAACCCUGUUUAAAACAUUUCUUGCGAUGUGCAGUCCCCUUGUGCCUUAGUUUCAGGCUUUUGUUGAACAGUAUUGUACAUGUUGAAGAACAGGUUUCAAGGAAGAUCAGGCAGCUCUCCAGUUCGUCGCCACUGGAUGAUCGCAUGGCGCAUGUUUUGCUUCAGAAUCAUGGCAGUGAAUCCCAUAGGUAGUGCCUUAAUCAAGAUGCUGUCACUCAUUCCCAAGGGAAAUUCUAUAGGGAUAUCUCUUUUGUGUAAGAUGGUUUUGUUUCUCUUCCGAGCAUUCUUAGGGAGCCCUAGAGGAAGGGGCAGUCAAAACAGUUCUUAAAUAGUGCUACUACACUCUUCCUUACUCAUGCAUGAGUUCGAAGAACAAUUUUGCAAUAACUUAAUGGGUGAGGACGUUCUGGUAUGUGAAUGAUUUCCACAGUAAAGGGAGAGUACUAUGUAGAAAACUGUACAUUCAAUGUUUUGCUGAUUUGAGCAGGGUAGUAGUAUUAAACAGGGACUAAUCGCUGUGCAGCAUUCACACAGCUUAUGCAGCCAAGGCCUGAAUUAUAAGCUUGUUUGCCUGAUUCAGGCAAAUGUAACCAUGCAAGUGAAAUACUUAAUUUUAAAUGUGGGGGCCUCACUUAAAUGGUUUGUGCUGCUUUAAGCAUAGGAGUUUACAGAAAUGGGUGCCCAUGCACUUCUGUUUUGGCAGUAGCUAUAUUGCACCAGGAAUAUCUCAUUAAACAUUCCUUUCAGCUAGUGCCUAGCCUAAACUGUAGCUGUUCAGUCCUGGGCAGAAGCUUUUGCCACAGUACUUACCACAACAUCCUGUUCAGAUAAGCAAGGUAAGAAGCUGUUGAUGAAAAAGAAACCCAGCAGGAAACAUCCCUACUGUACCAUCACAACUCUGCACUGAUGGUAGGAGCCCAACUGCAGGCGCAAGAGCUCCAGUGGCCCUUAGGUUGGGAUUGUAAGGGGAUGAUAGUACCCACUUUCUGUAUCAGGUGAGAGCUUCUUCCUUGUACUGAAACCUCAAGCUCAGUGGUGGCAGCCACUUUGGUUCAGGAAAGUGUGGCUGUUUGCACCAGACACAAUCCUAUGGUCUAAUGCAGCCUUCCCCAACCUGGUGCCCUCCAGAUGUUUUGGACAUCAGUUUUCAUCAGGCCCAGUAAGCCUGGCCAGUGGUCAGGGAUGCUGGGAGUUGUAGUCCCAAACAUCCGGAGGGCACCAGGUUGAAGAAGUCUGGUUUAAUAGAGCACAGAAUAAAAGGUGCAUUGUAUUGUAGAACACAGAAUAUAGGCUAUUAAGAUUAAGGGCCCAGGAAUAUUUUUCCUCCUUUGCCUCAGCUGUUCUGUAAAAAGCUGGGCUUGUGUAGACCCCAAGCUACAUAGACCGAAUUCCUCCCCCACUUCCUUGAAAUCAAGCUGUACCAAAACAACUCUCUUGCACUCAGACAAUCAUCAGAUUGCCUUAUUUUCAUGUUGAUGUAGGUUGAGGGUGUUGGACUUCCUCUCAAAGAAUGUCAAAAGCAAACUGUUUCAGCCAUACGUUUUCUGUAUCUCCGUAUUGAUCUAUGUGAGUAUGUACUUGAAAUAAAGAGUAAAGCAGACCGAGUGUUUUUUAUUUUUUUAAAAAGGUAGUACUACGUAGAAGGAUGUGAUGUUGUAGCAAGUUCACUCUUGGUUCUGAAGGGUACAGUCACAUGCCAUAGAGGAUAGGAAGCCCCUCCAUAUAUAUUGAACAAGGGCUUGUAAAUGUACCUCUGUAAGGGUAUGUCCUGCUAAAUGAACUGGCAGCACCUCCCCCGAAGGAUGGGCAGAAUCUACUCACAAAUACCACAUGUGCAAAAUCCUUGCUUAACAGCCUUGGUUUAUACAUGUGGAGGGCACAUGCCAAAAGCUCUAUUUUUUCAGUGGCCUACUUUGUGUAAUGCAACCUACCCCAUCUUGGUGCCCUCCAGCUGGUUUGGCAAAACGGGAGUUGUAGUCCACAUUUGGAGGGCACCAGGUUGGGGGAAGAUUCAUCUUGGGGAUUGCCUGUGAACUAAGGCUUCACUCCCACAAAAGUUGGGCCUUCAAUUGAGAAUGUACCUUUCAGCCCCAUCUUCCUGCAUGAGGAAUACGAGGAGUGAUUCCCCGUUACUAGUCCAGAGCACAGUGUGUGCCAUCUCUCAUGCUGUUUCUGGUAGAGAGACGCAUUUCCCAGUAUUAGCUGUCCACAGCCGGAAAACGUAUUGAUUGGAGGGGAUGAUCCUUUUGAGAGGAAAAGUCGUGUUUGUGUAAGGUGCACUAGGAAACAUACUCAGGAGGGCUAUGCAACAUCUUGGCUUGAAGUGGAUAAUGAGGACCAAAAUGCUUGAUCAAAGAACUAAUCUAUUUUCCAGUGAUAGAUAUGUCUGGCCGGUUAGGUUUUUGUUUAAAAAAUACUUGAUACCUCUACUUUGUUUUCAUAUUUAACAAUUUCUGUAAGUAUUUGGUCCUUUUCCAGACAUUAACCAUACAGUGUUACUGAGAUGACAGUACUUGGAGCCAAAGUUGGGAUGGAAGUAUGUUUAUGAAACUUGUGUGUAUUUACCUCAAGAUACUUUGUAUCAUGACUUUUUAAUAAAAAUUUUGUUCACCUG